AUGAAGACUGUGGUAUUUUUCCUAUACAUCUUGGGAGCUGGGGCUGCAAUCCCGACAAAUGCAAGAUUCUUAUCUGAUCAUUCCAAACCAACUACUGAUUCUUUGAGUUCUAGCCAACAAGGUGAAAUAUCAGUAGCACCUGGAAACACUGCAAUUCCUAUUUUAGGGACUGAAGAUUCUGAAAAUGAGAAAGAAAUUGCAAUACCUAUAGAAGAUCAUCCCAACCAUGAGGCUGAAAAUUCUUCCAUACUAAAGUCAAAAGAGGAAAACUAUGAACAAUCAGAAGAUCAGGAACAGAAUCACAGCCAAGAAUCAGGACUGAAGAAUCAAGAGGAUGGUGAUGGUGGCUUGGGUUUGAAUUUGGAAUACAAACCAACUGAAGGAACAUUGGACCUAAAUGAAGAUGACAGUGAGCCUGAAAAUAAAACUCUCCCAGAGAACAUUGACUUCCUUGCUUCUGAUGUUAGUUCCACUGUGGACUAUCACCAACAAGAGAGUAUUACAGAGGAAGAGAAAAGCCUAAUUCAUCAGUUGAACAGAAGCAGCAAAUAUAACCAAGACCUAAACGAUCAAGAAAACCAGGAGCAGGACCCAAAUAUUCCCAAAGGGGCAGAGAAAGAGGAAGAGGAAGAAGAGCUGGAUGCAGUUGGUACUCACAAUGAUAACCAAGAAAGAGAAGAAGAAUUUCCCAAGAAACAUUCUAAUACCAAUCAAGAAGAAGACAGUACCCAGCCUGAGGAAAUUUUGGAAGAGCUCAGUCAACCAACUCAAGUUAGCAAGAUGCAGAAGGAAGAAUCUGUGCAGAGUAACCAAGAACAAGAAGAUAAUUCCAAAGCAGAAUUGGAAGAUGAAAAUGCUUCAAAAAUCAAUAAGCGCGUUCAAGAUACUGAAUGGCAGAGUCAAGAAGGAAAAGCUGACCUUGAAAUUGUCAGCUCCCACAAAGAGGUGGAUAAAAAGGCUGUACCUGAAGCUUUGCUCAUGGAACCAACUGAUGAUGGUAACAGCAUGCCCAGAAAUCAUGAGGCUGAAGAUGAUGAUGAUGGUCCUAAGCACAAUACUGGUGAUGAUUACUUCAUCCCAAGCCAAGACUUCCUAGAGGGUGAAAGAGCUCAACCCAAUUAUUAUCACAUCAACAAUGAGGAGCUAAAGGAAAGAGCCCAUGAGAAUGAGAGUGUUGACAGGAGUGAACCUGGAGAAUCCCAAGGGGCCAAGAAAGCAGAGAGCUCACUGCAUGAAGAUGAAAAUUCCAGUGAAGGUAACAUGAGGUUGGAGGGUGUUGAUUCUUGCAUGAGUUUCCAAUGCAAAAGAGGACACAUUUGUAAAACUGACCUACAGGGGAAACCCCACUGCGUUUGCCAAGAUCCAGUGACUUGUCCUCCAACAAAACUUCUUGACCAAGUUUGUGGCACCGACAAUCAGACCUAUGCUAGCUCCUGUCAUCUCUUUGCUACCAAAUGCAGACUGGAAGGGACCAAAAAGGGGCACCAACUGCAGAUGGAUUAUUUUGGAGCCUGCAAAUCUAUUCCUGCUUGCACAGACUUCGAAGUGACUCAGUUUCCUCUGCGGAUGAGAGACUGGCUCAAGAAUAUCCUCGUGCAGCUUUAUGAACAUAACCCUGAACAUGCUGGAUAUCUAAAUGAGAAGCAGAGGAAUAAAGUCAAGAAAAUUUACCUGGAUGAAAAGAGGCUCUUGGCUGGGGACCAUCCCAUUGACCUUCUCUUAAGAGACUUUAAGAAAAACUACCACAUGUAUGUGUAUCCUGUGCACUGGCAGUUUAGUGAACUUGACCAACAUCCUAUGGAUAGAAUCCUGACACAUUCAGAGCUUGCUCCUUUGCGAGCAUCUCUCGUGCCCAUGGAACACUGUAUAACCCGCUUCUUUGAGGAAUGUGACCCCAACAAGGAUAAACACAUCACCCUGAAGGAGUGGGGGCACUGUUUUGGAAUUAAAGAAGAAGACAUUGAUGAAAAUCUCCUGUUCUGA